AUGGAGCGACAGGAUCUGGGUGCAUGGCUUGGCCUAGCAACAGGCGGCGGCGCCGUGUGGCACACCCACGACGGCGAGCGGCGGCCUAAUCAUCCUGUCCGGCUCGACGAGCUGUUCCCGCAGCACGGCAAAGAAGAGCGUGAUCAAGACGAACAAAAGACGGGAGGGAAAGGUGCAAGGAGGAAGAUGAAGGUCGCCGAUGACGAGGGCCGAUCGUCCUCGUCGAACGGUCCGUGUCUGAGCGAUGGCGGUGGCAGCGAUGGUGGCGGCGGCGGGGGCAGGAGGAAGAAGCACCGGCUCACCAAGGAGCAGUGCGCCCUGCUGGAAGGCAGCUUCCGUGCCCACAACAUACUUUCUCAUGUUCAGAAGCAGGAGCUGGCACGGCAGCUGAAUCUGAGCUCGAGGCAGGUGGAAGUAUGGUUCCAAAAUAGAAGAGCCAGGACAAAGCUGAAGCAGACGGAGGUGGACUGCGAGUUCCUGAGGCGGUGGUGCGAGAGCCUGACCCACGAGAACCAGCGGCUGAAGCACGAGCUCCUGGAGCUGCAGCGGUCGGCGGCGCCGCCGGUGGCAGCCGGCUCGAAGCUCUUUGCCCAGCUCCCCAGGGCGGCGGCCAUCAUGAACUUAUGCCCGUCCUGCGAGAAGGUCGCCGUGAAUAAUUAG